AUGCGAUUCACACAUGGCUUUACCUGGGCCACAGGCCUCUGCCUGUCCCUGUCGGGCAUAACGAGGGCGGCCCAGCUGUCCUCCAAUGCCCAACAAAUGCUCGACGAGUCGAUGAACUUCAUGGACCUAAUUUACGACGCAGACAUUGGGUACCUCCACUACUUUUACUAUCCACUCGCCGCGGGGACACAUGAGACUCGAUCCUCAGCCUGGUAUGCGGCAGGACUCUUGCAACGCAAUCAGAAUGACGAUGCCGAGCAAGGCAUCAAGAUCCUCCGUAACAUCAUCGGGUCGCAGCACAAGGAUCCUACGACAGAAUGGUAUGGCGACUAUCAGUACUACCCAGAAGAGCCGACCGUAGGCACAGAUGCAUACCCUCCCGCGCCGUACGGCAGCUUUGAUCCCAACUGGCGGAAUUUCAUCGGCACCGCACUGAUUCUCAUCUACGAGGAGUUUCAGUCGUUGCUCCCUAACGACCUCCAGCAGCUGAUCAUCGAGAGUGUAUACAACAGCACCGUGGGCGACACUUACCGUCUGGGAGGACUGACGUACGGCAAUCUUAAUCCUGGCUACACCAACCCAUCAACCAUGCGUAGUAUUCAGGCAAGCUGGAUUGGCCGCAAGCUCAACAAUGCUAACCUGACCGCAUUCGGCGAGAAUUGGGCGGCCCAGGUCAUCGAGCUGUUCGACCGCAAUCUCACUCUUUCCGAGUUCAACAGCGCGACCUAUACCGGGGUGACCCUCUACGCCUUGACCAUGUGGGACAAGUACCUGCCUCCGGACUCGAUCAUGAAGCAGAACGGGGCGCGUAUGAUCAAAGACACUUGGCUUUCUCUGGCCGAAACCUACCACCCGGCCAUGAAGAAUUUGGCUGGUCCAUGGGAUCGAUCUUAUGGUUAUGACAUGAACCAGUAUUUCAGUCUCCUCGCACUCUACCUCUGGACUCUGUUGGGCAAAGAGAACGCCCCCGUGUACGACAAGUCCUGGUCCAUGGCUCACGCUGAUGACCUGGAAUACGCCCCGCUCAUGGCCAUCCUUGCGUCCCACCACGAUGCGCUUGUGCCCACCGAGGUCAUCGAGCACCUUACUACUUUCCGAGGUGAGCAUACAUAUGUCACGUCGGCAUACGCGCCUCCUGGCGACGCAGUGCCCCGGAACAUCACCUCGUGGGUCUCUGACAACCUCACCAUCGGAGCCAUGUCGUUCCUCGAUGCUCCAGGCGUGAUGGAUCAUUCCCAGCAGUGGAACGCCGCUGUCGUGCAGUGGCUCCGCUUCGAUAACUCAGUCGGCUUCUUCACCCUGGCAGCAGGCGACCAACAUGCCAUGGACGUCGAGGUUGGACCCAACUUCCUCAAUCUUACGUACCCGCACGGAAACUCCACCAGCACAUUCGAGUUCAUCCUCGCCACUAACCCGUGGGGCGCAACCCGUGACAUACCCAGCCUCGACAAUGUCUCGGGCGUGGAUAUUCAAGUGAUCGGCGGCUCCGUGAAUGCCACGCCUGUUGUCAGCUUCUGUGGCUUAGCCGGAGGGGCUUGUUCUCCUCGAUUCAACUUCGAAUUCUGGAACUACACGUGGACCAUGCCUGAGGACUCGACAAGCCUGCCAAGCGUCUCCUUUGAAAUUACGGCCACAUGA